AAUGAAGUCUAAGAAUAAGGUGAAAGUGCACUGAAAACACAAUUUGCCAUUAUGGCCACUCUCUUUCUCACUUCUUCUCUCUCUCUCUCUCUCAGGUUUUUUCUCUGUCAAUGGCUUCUCUUCGCAUCGUUCAAUCCCAAAGCCUUUGCCUUUGCGUCUGAAGGGGUAAGAAAAGUUUCAGAAGAGAACCUCAAAACUAAUCUUUUUCAUCAACAGCAUACACAUACUAUUCAACUCAGCUCUCUUCUCCCAUCUGCUUCUUGCAAACCUUCCACUUCUAAAGGAGCAGAGAACAAGGCAUCGUUGAAAGUAGUCCACAAGCACGGGCCAUGCUUUGAACUAAAUCAAGAAAAAUCAAGAAUUCCUACUCACGAACAAAUCCUCCAGAAAGAUCAAUCCAGAGUCAAUUCAAUUCAUUCUAAAUUGUCCAAUUAUAAUAACGAUCCGAAGGUGACCGAUUCAACUACCCUUCCGGCCAAGGACGGCAGCACCGUCGGCUCCGGCAAUUACAUAGUCAGUGUGGGACUUGGCACUCCUGCAAAAUACCUUUCGUUAAUCUUUGAUACUGGGAGCGACCUUACCUGGACCCAAUGUCAGCCUUGUCUCAGAUCUUGCUAUCAACAAAAGGAACCCAUUUUCGAUCCUUCCUCUUCAACAUCUUACUCCAAUAUUUCUUGUGGAUCCACCCUCUGCAAUUCUCUCGCUUCUGCAACAGGUAAUACGGUUAGCUGCUCUUCAGCAUGUAUAUAUGGCAUCCAAUACGGCGACUCUUCUUUCUCUGUUGGAUACUUCGGUAAAGAAAGACUCACUUUAACAUCAAGCGAUGUUUUUGAAAAUUUCUAUUUCGGUUGUGGCCAAAACAACCAAGGUCUCUUCGGUGGGUCUGCCGGGCUACUUGGUCUGGGCCGCGAUAAACUCUCAUUAGUCUCACAAACUGCAGAAAAAUACAAUAAGAUCUUCUCCUAUUGUCUUCCAUCCUCCUCUAGCUCAACUGGAUUCCUGACCUUCGGCGGCUCACCUUCCCAAUCGGUUAAAUACACUCCGUUAGCCACAGUAUCCGGGGCUUCCUCCUUUUACGGUCUUGACUUCACUGGAAUCAGCGUUGGAGGCCGGAAAUUAUCAAUUUCCCAAUCAGUCUUUUCAAAUGCAGGAGCAAUCAUCGACUCAGGCACUGUAAUCACUCGGUUGCCACCCGCGGCAUAUUCUGCUUUAAGGUCGACUUUCCGGCAACAGAUGUCUAAGUAUCCGACAGCGCCGGCGUUAUCAAUUCUUGACACGUGCUAUGAUUUUACCAACUAUAAGACAAUAAGCGUGCCAAAGAUUGGGUUUUUCUUUAACGGUGGAACCGAGGUGGAUAUUGACGUGACUGGAGUAUUUUACGUGAACAGACCAUCACAAGUGUGCUUGGCCUUCGCCGGAAAUAGUGACGCAACUGACGUGGCCAUUUUUGGGAAUGUCCAGCAACAGACACUUGAAGUGGUGUACGAUGUUGCUGCCGGAAAGAUCGGGUUCGCUGCGGGCGGCUGUAGCUGAUGAUUCACAUAAUAAUUAAUAAGAUAUAUAACAAAUGAAUUGGAUUAUGAUCAAUAAAAAAAUAGAAACUUGAUUUGUGAACUAAAUAGGGGGACCAAGUCAUCUAUAAUUAUAGUUUGUAAUGGGUAAAGCAAAGCUUGCAAAUUGUGUAUACUAAUGACUUUUCCUUAUUAUACAAAAUCAAUAUAUUGUAAUCAACUUUUUAUAAUCUACAAGCAAUUUCGGUUCAUAAA